AUGAACCUCGUUGAUGUUACCAGGCUUUCUAACGGUCCGAUUACCGACCUGAUCAGCUGGCUGCAGCGUGAAAAACUCAUUGCUAAUCCCCUUAGAUGUUUACCGUGUAAUAGAGGAAUGGUGUUGGCCGAGAGAGAUGCAAACCACGUCGAUGGAUAUCUAUGGUAAGGUUUACGUUAGAGUCAUCAGGGCACAAGUCAUUUUUAUCACUGGUAUUUGUUUUCGUGAUUUGUUUGGUCAAUUACUGUAUAUAAAAAGAAUCGAACGAAAGGAACCCGGCCAAGUCCCGGAUUUUUGAUUCCACGGCGUGGGUAGCCUGCGAGCAAGCUCUCCUAUUUAGGCGAGUGAACGCGAGAAAGCGCGAAAGCAAGGGGAAAGCCGCGAGGGGCUUGCCGAAAUAGGAGAUUUGCUCGCAGACUACGGCGUGGAUUCCAGAUUCUUCCGUAUGGAUUCCCAAUUGUAAGUGGGACUUGGACUGCUGAUUCCAAUCGUUGGUAGGAUUGAAGAUUCUUUGGGCUGUAUCCUGCAUUCCAAAGUCUAGGAUUCCGCAUGCAAAAAAAAAAUUCCAUAUUUAGGAUUUCACAUUUAGUCCCCCCCUCACCGUAACGAUUCCUGUCUUUAAAUCUUAAAGAGGCUAAGAAUUUUGGUUUUACUUUUAAAGGAGAUGCACUGUUUGUCGUCAAAGAAAUCUUUCUUGUGAAGGAAGUUUCUUUGCUGAAUUUCCAAGGGUUCCUCUUGGAAAACUCGUACUGUUGAUAUACUUAUGGAGUCUUCACGAGUUAUGCUCUAAAUCAGCUGACAUGGUCGGAUUGACCCGAAACACAGUUGGAAACGUGUUUGCCAUGCUAAGAUAUCUUUGUAAAAGGGAUCUUCAAAGCAGACCAAUUACACCAUUUGGCGGACGUGUUUUCGUGGUGAAGUGUGACGAAAGUCAAUUCAAGCACAAAUCGAAGGUGAUGAGACAACAGAAUUUGAUCUUUGUUUUGAAUUGCACCAGAUUAUCCCGAAAAGCGUGUUUCGGAUAGAUUUAUUCAAGUUCAGCCAGCCAAAGCCCACUGAAAAGAAGCGCUGUUUCUGUCCUGCAUAGCUGGCGGGAUAAGCGUUUCCGAUUGGUUUCGGAGCAGAGAUAGACCGAGGAACGGGAUUUCGGUUUUGGCCGCGCGAGAAAGAAAAACAAUCCUGCUGCGUUGCUACGUUUUUUUUUUUUGCGUUCUUAAGAAAAUGAAACGAAAAUGUAAAGGGUGGGAGUUGUUAGUGAAAGACCCCGAGAGAACGUAAGUAAUGCCCUAUUGCUGCCUCGACUCUCUCUCGCUCGUCUCUUACGCAUGUUACCUUUUUCUCCACUAGCCUGAUAUCAUCUAAAGUUUUAGUUUAAAUUUUACCCACUUUGGAAAUAGCAAGCUAUCACUAACGGCCUCCUUUAACAAUUUGUUGUAGUACGAAAGAGGACAAAGGGCAAGAGAUGAUGUUUGGGUCUUCGGAGUCAUCUCGACGGAAUAUUCUCCCUGUCGGGGUUAA